ACCACUGGAUGUCGUUAUAGGCUCCUUUCGCGUGCUGUGUGUCACUCCUUAAGAUGACCACAAGCACAGCAGAAACCGAACUCGUCCUUCACUUUCCGCACAGACAGUGAGUGUAGCAGACACACACAGAGAGAGGGAAAGCGAGGAAAAGAAAGUGGGGCAGACACUGGGAGAAUAGCCUCGGAGCUUCUACAGGUUUUGCAUCAGGUUUGCUGGAAACAAACAGGAGAACCCAAACAAAACAACAACAACAACAACAACAACAACAACAACUAAAGCGUGUAGCAUCCCAGCAAGAAAGAAAAAGAGCCCGUUGCGUUUCAUAGGCUUCACUUAUUACUUUUCUGCCAGGCUGAAGAGUUAUUUCGAGGUACACUAUCCUAUGUGGCAACUUCUUUACCUCGGAACGGCCGUGUGUUUCGCCGCUGGAGACACCGAAGAACGCGGAUUACAAUGUUAAGGAUCUGGGGGGCUCUGGUCAGUUUGCUGGCCGCAUCCUUUAUGGUGGAGAGCGCGCUCGGGGGCCACGGGAUGAGCAUGUUCGCGGCGCAGACCUCGCCUCCGGACCCGUGCUAUGACGAGAACGGCAACCCCAGGAGGUGCAUCCCCGAUUUCGUGAACUCCGCUUUCGGCAAGGAGGUGCGGGUGUCGAGCACCUGCGGCAGACCCAGCUCCCGGUACUGCGUGGUCACCGAGAAGGGCGACGAAAGGAACAGGAACUGCCACAUCUGCGACGCCGCCGACCCGAAGAAGUCUCACCCGCCCGCCUACUUGACCGAUCUGAACAACCCUCACAAUCUCACCUGCUGGCAGUCGGAGAACUACAUCCAGUACCCUCAAAAUGUCACCCUGACGCUGACCCUGGGCAAGAAGUUCGAAGUCACCUACGUGAGCCUUCAGUUCUGCUCUCCGCGGCCCGAGUCCAUGGCCAUCUACAAGUCCAUGGACUACGGCAAGAGCUGGGUGCCCUUCCAGUUCUACUCGACCCAGUGCCGGAAGAUGUACAACAAGCCCAGCAAGGCCACCAUCACCAAGCAGAACGAGCAAGAGGCCAUCUGCACGGACUCACACACCGACAUGCACCCUCUCUCGGGGGGGCUCAUCGCGUUUAGCACCUUGGACGGCCGCCCCUCGGCUCACGACUUCGACAACUCGCCCGUGCUGCAGGACUGGGUGACGGCCACCGACAUCAAGGUGGUCUUCAGCCGCCUGCACACGUUCGGGGACGAGAACGAGGACGACUCCGAGCUGGCCAGGGACUCGUACUUCUACGCGGUCUCGGACCUGCAGGUCGGCGGGCGCUGCAAAUGCAACGGGCAUGCUUCGAGGUGCGUGAAGGACCGGGACGGAAACCUUGUGUGCGAGUGCAAGCACAACACCGCCGGGCCGGAGUGCGACAGAUGCAAGCCCUUUCAUUACGACAGGCCCUGGCAACGCGCGACGGCCCGGGAGGCGAACGAGUGUGUGGCCUGCAACUGUAACCUCCACGCACGAAGGUGCCGGUUCAACAUGGAGCUCUACAAGUUGUCAGGACGGAAGAGUGGGGGCGUCUGCUUGAACUGCCGCCACAACACCGCUGGGCGGCAUUGCCACUACUGCAAGGAGGGAUACUACCGCGACAUGUCCAAGCCUAUCACACACAGGAAGGCCUGCAAAGCAUGCGAUUGUCAUCCCGUGGGGGCUGCUGGCAAAACCUGUAACCAAACCACUGGCCAGUGUCCCUGUAAAGACGGUGUGGCUGGCAUCACGUGCAACCGAUGCGCUAAAGGCUACCAGCAAAGUCGAUCUCCCAUUGCUCCCUGUAUAAAAAUUCCAGUCGCUCCACCGACAACCACAACCAGCAGCAGUGAGGAGCCUUCCGACUGUGACUCCUACUGCAAGGCUUCCAAAGGCAAACUGAAGAUCAAUAUGAAGAAGUACUGCAAGAAAGACUAUGCUGUGCAAGUGCACAUCCUGAAGGCGGACAAGGCCGGCGAGUGGUGGAAGUUCACGGUGAACAUCAUCUCGGUCUACAAGCAGGGGGAGAACCGCAUCCGGCGCGGGGACCAGUUCCUGUGGGUGCGGGCCAAGGACGUGGCCUGCAAGUGCCCCAAAAUCAAGCCGGGCAAGAAGUACCUGCUCCUGGGCAACGACGACGACUCCCCGGACCAGAGCGGCGUGGUGGCCGACAAGGGCAGCCUGGUCAUCCAGUGGAGGGACACGUGGGCCCGCAGGCUGAGGAAGUUCCAGCAGCGGGAGAAGAAAGGGAAGUGCAAGAAGGCCUAAGGGAUGGCGGGAACCGGGAGCGGAGGAACACGGAUGGAGAGAGACAGGAGGAGGGGGAGAGAGAGCGAGGCUGAGCGUUGCUGCUUUUGAGUAGACGCAUGAAGAGAAUAUUAGGAUGAUUUUUAGGAACUUUGUGAAGGAGCUCACUUUGCAGUUGUGGGGUUUUUUUUUUGUGUGUGUUCGUUUUUCCUUCGAGAUUUUUUUUUUUUGGAUUUGCCGAGUUUGCACCUAAUAUUCAAACUAUAUAAAGCCUUUUGGAUGUUUUUUUUUUCUCUGAGGGGUAGGGGGAGGAGGAGGGGAGUAAAUAUAUCCAGUACAUUUUGAACAGACAUUUCAGUACAGCUAAAAAAAGCCAAGCUACUGUCUAGCUGUUUCUGUUCCAAAUGCAGGGGGCUCCCAUUUUCUCCCUUUUUUGGGCUUUGUACGUGAACAGAGCUGUUAAGGUGACAGGGGUGGUGGGGGUAGGGGAGAAGAACUGGUGGCACAUUUCGGGUGACGGCCAGGUGGCCAGCCUGGCCACGUGAAACUGUGUAAACUCACAACAAGGAAAGUGUUAACACUUUAGUAGUGUAGUAAAACUAAGCUUUUUUUGUUGUGGUUCAGUAUCUUGUAACAGAAAAAAAAAAGUCAUGUAUUUUGUACUGCAGCUGUUCAAAAGCCUGCCAGUACCUUUUGUGGAACUGCUCUUUGUGGACAAUACCUCAAAAUAUGAUACUUCACUCUGUGUUAAGAUUAUUAAAGUGCCAUAAGUCUAUGUUGGGGAAGAUGGGUUUUGGUAAGCAGAAGUAGACAAACGCUUGACCGAGUUUCAACUUGAGAUCAGAACGCUGUUGUCAAGUUAAGCCGGACGCUUCUACUGCCCAAUUAAUAUGUGAAAUACUAGUACAAGGGUGGUAAACUGAUCAAGAUGCCCAUAUUUUUGUAUGCUGAUGCCUUCAACAGGCAUUCACACAUUCUGACAACUUCAAAAAACAGACUAAACUGUAACUUAUGAUAUCCAUCCACCACUUUAGAAAGUAGUGCAGUGUUUGUAUGGGUGGCUCAAGAUGCACUUAUAAAUUUAUAUUAUGUGUACUUCACCGAUCUCUUGACUAUAUGUACCGUGUAAGCAAUGUUUCUUGUCUGUAUAUUUCAAGUUCACUGCAGGAAAAGAAAAAAAUAUACAUGAAGUGUUCUCUGAUUUUCUACAAGAAAACAGACAGGCCUCUUCUGUAGGUCACUAAAACAGUUUGGUAGACAAUCAAGGUUGUGGUCAGCUAAGGAAAACACACACUUAGAGCUAUUCUCCUUUACCAGUCCUCAAGACCUGCGCUGCUAUUUUUCUUUGAGAUUUUGUUCAAUCGUUUUUGUUAUUUCCCACCUGUGAGAAGAUAAUGGAUAGCUGAACUGAUCUCUUUGGAGUCACUGAGCAAAAACCACAAAGCCGUCAGUUACAAACAUUUCUUGAACUAUCAAUCUCAUGCUAAUGUCACUAGAAACCGCCAUGCAUCUUUUUGAAAUCCAAUUUUUUUACUUGCGUAGCUGUCUGAAAAGGGCUGACAAAUUUUGAAAUGAAGAAAAAAAAUGAAACAAUGUCUGUCAGUCUGUGGCAAUCCUUCUGUGAAAAAGUUAAAAACACUUCUCUGACCUUUCCCCCCGAAAUAUUCACUGCCUGUCUCAAAUUCUUCCGAGGAGCAACAGAAUAAACAAUAAAUCCUUCCAACAUGAUUAAAAAUACAAAUGCAUUGGCACUAAGAUAUUUACAGUAGUUUUCAUUUCCAGAGACAAACAUGUCUUCUGCAGGUCAUGAAGAAACAACACACUGAUACAGAAUGAACCAUACACAAACCACCACAGGCCCCAUUGUAGCUUCAGAUAGGCAAUAGGGUGUACACUUAUUACUUAUAACAGUAAACCUAUUACUGUUGCUAUGAUGUAUUACAAGUACAAAUUCAGUUUUUUGUGAAACGACAGUACAGUGAAUAUGUGAUAGACUUGUGUCUUUUGAAAAAGGUGCAGAGAUUAUUUGGUACUCUAAAAAAGAUGGGUUACAGGCCCUUAAAAAUGUUAUUUGUAUAGCUAGUAUUUUUAUGUAAAACCUUAACUAGUUUAUAUAUGAAAAUUAUUAACCAGAAUUUUUAAAAUACUGUAGAUUAUAAAAAAUGAAAAUAGAAAGCAUACCUGUCUUUCCCAUUUUGUGAGCCGACAGGACUGUGAACUCAUAUUGUACUACUGAGUCGGAAGAAGGGAAAACUCCUGGGGCUUUUCCCUGAACUGCUGAAAGGUGAAAGCAGUCAAAUAUCCACCAAACUACAACUUCAAAUACAGCUUAUCAGCAAUGCCAAGAAGGACUAAAUUAAUUUCUAGCUAAGCAUACGAGACGAGCUUCUGCAUGUCUUUUGGACUGCAGAUGAAUAUUUUUUUAAUGUUACCCUUAAUACAUGAAAUGAUAUUCAAGACCACCUGACUCUAAAGCGAAAAUAUUUUUGAGGUGCAGUAGUCCAAAGCUUGAAAAAUCUUUGGAUAUGUCAAAGAUAUCUAUGACAGAACAACUUUAAUUAAGAUUGGCAGCUGUGUGAAAUAUAUUUUAUGUAAUUUCCCCUGUAUUACAGCCUGACUGAGACCCUACAGCUCAUGGUAUUUACUAUACGGAUGAACUCCCCUGUGGAAGAGUUUUUACCGCAACAGACAGUCGCCAUCUCUUUAGAUUUUUUCAGUUCACUUAUAGCUGUGUCGGGAAUUGGGAACUCACGUUCACAAACACCUGACCAGCACAUGCAGGAUGUCCUACUGCACUUCAGACAUGCUGUUCUUCAGCAAACACAAGCGAAUUCAAGAAAAGUAAUUACUGCAAUUAGAAAUUGAAUUAUUAGCUUAUGCAGUCUGCUAGCGAUGCACUACUUUAAGGUGCAAGCAUGUCUCUUUCUACAAAAAAAACGUCAUAGUGUUUACCAUUCCAUAGAAGUUUAUUCCGUUUGAAAUCUUUUUUCAAUGGAUGCAAACGGUCUCGGACGUAUACAACCAUUAUACGUCGAGCCCAGACAUCGGACCUCCGACAACGUGAGGACAUGACCCAAACGCCACCCAACACUGACGCAACUUGUCCUGUUCCUACACUCCGCGGCUAAGACAUGCAGCUGCUUCAGUUACGAAACACAACGGCAACACGUUGAGGAGAGCUUCACAAGCGUUAUUUCAGAAAAAAAUAAAGCAAGCAAUGUCAAAUUUAAUUUGGCUAGAUAAAAAUAAAAAGUGGCACGCUCUUUCUACUCUGUGGGGAUAAUUGGGGAAUCUAAAUGCCAGGGUUUCCUCUAAAAUGACAAAUGAAUCCAGAUGCUCCUCAUGGGCACACAGAAUGGUUUCCAUACUGGACUGAAAUGAUGGAAAUUUGCAAACAGACAUGACAGUCAGCCGUGCAGGAGGCUGUAGCCUGAGAGCAGCAGAGAAGGUUUGUCAAUGAACAGUGUCGUUCAAGCUCCUGUGCAUCAGCAUCCGUGUGUGUAAAAUAUAAAUGUGCCCACUGCCGACAGAUAUUGAACCAAGCAAGUUGUUGUUUUUAUAUUUAGCAGCCCUGUGAUGUAAACUUUAGAUUGAAUACCAACACAUUGUAAAAAAAAACAGUCUCACGAUUGCAUGUUUACUCAACACAGACCUGUCGGACCUUUUGUUUGGUUGAUACCUUGAAUUGUAAAUGUUGUUUAGUUGUGGCCAUUGCAUUAUUCUGCAAUGUUUCUCUACAAUGCAUACUAAUAUAUUAUGGUUAUUAUAUAUGAAUAUAUUUAAUGACACAUGAAACAAUGUGGAUUUUAUUGUCUUUUUUUUCAUUUGGUAGAUGGCUGUGAUUAGGGAAGGAAUUUGUAACUACUGAGCACCAACCUGAUAGAACUAAAUUCAGAAUUCAGUUUAAAUAAACUCCUGUAAACCUAA